GUCACGGUGUAAGGAUAUCAUUUAGUAGACAAUGUUGUGGCACCGAUAAUUCUAGGGUUUUUCUUUCCUUUUUACUUCAACUUUUAACUAGAUAUGACUAUUUUACCCAAGAAGAAGCAUUCAGAAAGUAAGAAACCAGAUUCUAGUUCAACUAGUGAUGGCAGAGGGAGAAUACGAGGCGCUCCAAACCGUCCCUCGCCCUCAGAGAGGAGCUCCUUGAAUAGGUCUUCUGACGAUUAUGUUGGCGAAAGUUUUGAGUCUAGGGAAGCUGCUGAUGCUGCUUGUAGUACAAAAAGAAGGCAUAGAGGAUCUCCUCAUCGCCAUAAAUAUCAUGAGAGACACAGCGAUGAAGCUGGAUAUAACAGUUCUGAUGAACACGAUGGGCAGAAUUUGGAAGUCGUCACCGAGGAGAUGGAAAGACAGUUUGAACAAGCUUUGAAGGAAAAAAAGGGAUUGAUUAUCAAGAGAAUGGCCGAAGAUGGAGCAUGUCUAUUCAGAGCUGUUGCUGAUCAAGUGUACGGUGACCAGGAAAUGCAUACUGUUGUUAGAAAGCAUUGCAUGGACUACAUGCUCAAGAACAUGGAUUAUUUCUCUCAGUAUGUUACUGAGGAUUUUCGUAGCUAUAUAAGAAGAAAACGGGAAAACCAUUGCCAUGGCAACCAUGUAGAAAUGCAAGCUCUUAGUGAGAUGUAUAAUCGCACUAUAGAAGUGUACCAGAAUAGUAUAGAACCAAUCAACAUAUUCCAUAGCACACAAAAGACUGACAAUGAACCAAUCAGGUUAAGCUAUCACAGUAAUGUCCAUUAUAACUCUGUUAUCAACCCAAACAAGCCCUCAGUUGGUGUAGGACUUGGUUUAUCAGGAUAUAAGCCUUGGAAUGUGUUGGUAAAUGAUGCUAUGCGUCAGUCAGAGGAAUGGCAUAUUGAGCAGCAAAUGCUUGAAGAUAAACUUCGUGCCACUGACUGGGAAGCAACCAAUGAAGCCAUGGAAGAAGCUGUAGCUAGAGAAUCUUACUUAAAUUGGCUACAGGACAGUGAACGGAGAGCCAGAGGAGCCCGUGCAGCUACUUAUUCAAGCCCAUCUUCAAGCAGUAGCACAUCCACAUCUACUGAAUCUAAAAGACCCAACUCCCCACACCACAGGGACUGGGAGCGAGACAUAGACAGCGCACCUCCUACCAAGUCUCCUCGUCACUCCCCUAACUCAUCACCCAGCUCCCCUCGACAUGAGCCAUGCUUCAUGGGACCGAGCCUUUCUGACUGCAAUCCACAGACAUGUCCUUCAUCUUCUAGUAGCUCUACCGUUACCUGUACAAAGACUUCUCAAUUUGAACCUCGCCCUAGUUGUUCAACCGCUGUUUCUAAUCCACCAUCACCUGAACAGUCCCAAGGUGCUGCUUGUCAGACAGAGUCAAUGUAUGAUUUUAAUCAAUGGAAUGAAGAAAGAAUUCUAGCUGCGGUGCUGGCUGAAUCUCAAAAGGAAUAUCUAGAGAGUCUUAGAAAGAAUGCUAAAGAAAAUCCCCCAGAACCUGGGUGCAGCAAUUCAUAGCAUUAUAUUAUCAUCAAUUAGUAUUCUUAUCCUAUUAUUCUUAAUGGAUGUCAUUACACCUCUUGCUGGUCGCGUAUCUUUAAAGUCAAGAUGUAUAAUGGUUGCUUGGGCUACCUGUGGUCUUUCCCAUCUAAUAAGAUUGCUCACAUAUUGGAGUCCCCGAAACAGUUCCCUGUGCCAUCUCGUAAAGCAGUCUUGCCCGUGCAUCGAAGAGGGAACGGCGGUGACCUUGCUAUGAUGUCUCUAUCAUUGCAAGGUCCUUGCCAUUUUCGCUUAGAUGCACAGGUACGGUUACCUUUCAAGAUGGUGCAGGGAACUGCAAAAGGGGUUAUUCCUUGGUGUUCGAAGCAAGCUCAAAGUAGAUCAUAGAUGGGCUUGAGGAGAAGGCACAACAAAGCUAGUCCAAUAGACCUUAUUCGUGGUAUGACAAUGUUUUCCCAAAUCAGCGUGACAAACCUCUGGGGGAAUGAAGAGCUAUUGUUUCGAAACUCGUCGGGAUAUCAUCGUUAUUCCUUUCGUAUGC